UUCUCGUAUCAAACGAGCCAUUUUUGCCUUAAAAAAAAAAAAAUUGGAGGAACAAAGGGUCCAGUUCCCCAAAUUAUACGGCAAAAAGUCGCACCAAUUACCACCACGCUUGGUAGACCUUCUUAUUGUCUACCAUCUCCCAAUUUCUUUCCCUUCAGGGUUUUAUAUUGGUGAUUCAAAUAUUUAUUAUUUGGAAAAAAGAAAAUGGCAGCUCCACCAGCUAGGGCUCGAGCAGAUUAUGAUUAUCUCAUCAAACUCCUCCUUAUUGGUGAUAGCGGUGUGGGAAAGAGUUGUUUGCUUCUGAGAUUCUCAGAUGGUUCCUUCACAACAAGUUUCAUCACAACUAUUGGGAUUGACUUUAAGAUAAGAACAAUUGAACUUGAUGGCAAGCGGAUUAAGUUACAAAUUUGGGAUACAGCUGGUCAGGAGCGUUUCCGCACAAUCACAACAGCGUAUUAUCGAGGAGCCAUGGGUAUUCUUCUGGUGUACGAUGUCACGGAUGAGUCAUCCUUCAAUAACAUCAGGAACUGGAUUCGCAACAUAGAGCAACAUGCUUCUGACAACGUCAACAAGAUUUUGGUUGGGAACAAGGCUGAUAUGGAUGAAAGCAAAAGGGCUGUGCCAACUUCCAAAGGUCAAGCUCUUGCUGAUGAAUAUGGCAUUAAGUUCUUUGAAACAAGUGCAAAGACAAACCUGAAUGUGGAAGAAGUUUUCUUUUCAAUUGGUAGGGAUAUCAAGCAAAGGCUUUCGGAAUCUGAUUCCAAGACUGAGCCUCAGACAAUCAGGAUCAACCAAUCCGAUCAGGCAGGAACUUCCGGCCAAGGUGCCCAAAAGUCAUCUUGUUGUGGUUCGUGAGUGGAGUCGGGUCGGUUACUGUUUCUUGAUGGCACUUGGAUGUACAAAUUGAUUGGGCGAAAACUGAUCCCUGUUAAACUUCAUUACCAUUUAUCAGCCAUCUAAAUGGCAAGCUUGAUGUGUCAAGGUUUUUCCUUCUUUAAUUAAUUUUGGAAUCUGGUGUCAUAUACAGCUAACUAUGUUAAUCUAUGUCCUCCUAGGAUUUCAUUUCCUUUUCUUCUUUUAAUCAUGGAACUGUUAGUUGUUGCUUUGAUGUAGAAGGUGAAAGUAAAGUAGUCUUUACAUUGA